CGUGUAUGAGUCAUGGUUCGGCAUGGCAACAAGCAAUGCAUAUUCCUGGUUGAUGUCCGUCAAAUAUAUCUGAACUUGAGAAGAGUUUGGGAGAGCUUGGACGAUGGCACCACGUUCUGAGCAGGAGGAGGUCCUUCAAGCCGUCGUCAUUGCAGACAGUUUUAACGAGCGGUUCAAGCCUCUUACUGCAAACAGGCCACGAUGCCUCCUUCCCUUACUCAAUGUGCCACUUAUCGAAUACACUCUUGAGUUUUUGGCUACGUCUGGGGUGGAAGAAGUCUUUGUAGUCUGCUGUGCACAUUCGGAAGCGAUCAAGGAUUACAUCAAAAAAUCACGCUGGCAAAACAGCAUCCUUCCACGGGUCAAGAUCGUGGUGUCGCAGGAAUUACUGAGUGUUGGGGACGCACUGCGAGAGAUUGAUUCAAAGCAGCUACUGCAAUCAGAUUUUGUCCUUGUGAGCGGGGAUGUGGUAUCAAAUGUCGAUUUGUCCAGCACAAUACAGGAGCAUCGAAGGAGGAGAAAGGAAACAGAUAAAGAUGCGAUCAUGACUAUGGUUCUAAGACAGGCAUCUGUUAAUCACCGGUCGAGAGCCCGUGGAGAAGAAUCUGUGUUCAUGCUUGACGGGUCAACAAACGAAUGCAUUCAUUGGGAGAGUAUGACUCCAUUUCCACCGAAAGGAUUUGCGAGCCUUGAUACUGAGCGCAUCGGAAAUCGGAAGGAAAUCGCUGUAUUUAAUGAUCUAAUUGACUGUCAGAUCGAUAUUUGCAGCGUGGAUGUGCCAGCCUUAUUUACUGAAAACUUCGACUGGCAAGAGCUGAGGCGCGAUUUUCUAAAAGGAGUGCUAGAGUCAGAACUGCUUGGGAAGACGAUAUACUGUCAUCUUCUGAAGUCUCAUUACGCUGCUCGUGUGGCAACCCCGCACAUGUAUGAUGCGGUUAGCAAAGAUGUGCUCGCCCGAUGGUCGUAUCCCAUGGUUCCGGAAAGCAACAUGCUUGUAGAUCAUACGUACAAAUACUCGCGACCUCACAUUUACAAGGAAAACGGAGUGAAAUUGGCCAUAACGGCCGAUCUGGAAGAAAACGUUGCAAUUGGAAAAGAUACGAUCGUAGGUGAUAACUCGCGAAUUCUAAACUCCGUUAUAGGGCGUAAUUGUCGAAUAGGGGCACGUGUAGUAAUCCAAGACGCCUACAUCUGGGACGGUACCAUAAUUGAAGAUGACUGCAUUAUUUCUAAAUGCAUCAUCGACUGCAAUGUUCACAUAAAGGCGAAGGUCAAAGUGGAGUCCGGGAGCCUAAUAGCGCAAAAGGUUGUUAUUGGUCCAGAUAUAACCAUUGCAAGAAACAGCAAGAUUUACGGAGAUGAAGAUGGCCGCCCUCUUCAGAUUGAGGAGAGUGAAGAUAGCGACGAUGAGGAGGUUGAUGCUAGAAAUGUAGCUCUUGGAUUCAUUGGCGAAGAAUGGACCUUUGACUCGGAUGUUGAAUGCGACGUUAAUUCCGAGUCUGAUGAGUCGGAUGCCAGUGAUGCCGGCGAAACUGAGGACGAAAAUGAUUGGAAACGGGAAGCCGAAGCGACCUUGGAGCGAGCCUUCAAUGAAGGCCAUUCCAUCGAUAUUGCUGCUCUGGAGUUGAACACCCUGAAGAUGGCAAUGAAUAUCUCAUUCCAUGAUCUCCGAAAGAUUUCCAUACCAUCCAUUCUCAAGUUGAUCGAUUUGAGCAAAAUACCGCAAAGUCUGGACCAGGUUUUGAAGCGCUGGGGCAAAUUGCUUUUGAAGUUCAGCCAUAACGAAGAGGAUCAGAUCGAUUGUUUAAGGAUAUUAGAGGACUUUUGCGUUAUCCACGAGAAUUAUGUCAAAUUCGUGUCACGAAUUCUGCAUGGGCUGUACGAUUUGGAUGUUUUAAGCGAAGACGCGAUAAUCAAGUGGCAUCAAAGCUUGAAGUCUGCCCCCGAACCAAAGUCAAAAAUUCGAGAAGCGGCACAGGCACUUGUACAAUGGCUGCAGGAGGCAGAAGAGGAAGACGACGAUGAAGAUGACGAGGACGAAGACUGAUUAAUUAUUAUUCUCAAUGUAGUGCACAGAAACAUAAUGUAUUGUAAUCUGACCAUAUCAAUCACACAACACUGAAUGCAUACGAAUACGAA